GUAUAUACCUAUAUCGAUAACAUUAUUAUCGUUAGUAAGAAUAUAGAGGAGUACCUCAAGUACGUUAAGACGGUUCUUAAUAUCCUCGAUAAGGUAUAUAUUUAUAUUUUAGUAGAAAAAUCCUUUAUAGCCUACUUGUCAGUAAGACUGUUUAGCUAUAUAGUCAAUGGCGAAAGAGUAGCUAAGAUAGACAAUAGGAUCAUCGUAUUUAAGAAACUCAAGUUCCUUAAUACCUUUAAGACCUUAGAGUAG